UAACUAACAAGUUUAUUAUAAAGUAAACAUCUUAUUUUUUUUUUUGCCUUCGAAAGAAACAAAAUACAACAUUUUCCCAUUUCACAGUAAAGUCUUUAUAGAGAUGUCCAGCAGUGAAUCUACUGAGGUCUUUCCAAAAUGUUCUAGCGUAUGAAACAUUAUUAGCUCACUAAUUCGAAUUGUUGUGGUGGCGUGACGUGGGCUCAGUGCACUCCGGAUCAGCAGGUGGCGCUGUUUAUCAUUGUACAUCUGUACAGUAACAAUGAAGGCAUUCUACCGCCGCGCGUUUUAAGUCAGAGAAGAAGAACUCAGCCAGUAAGAAGCGGAGGAACUGCGCAUGAGCGUUGUGCAACAUGGAGGUGUCGGUGAGCGCUUUGGGCCGCAGAGGUUCUACCUGCGUGUUUCCGGUCGGUUCUGUGGUCAGGCACGUCCUGGACCGGCUCGUGCCGCUUCCGGAGGAUUUCUACGUCACCAGAGAUGGGCGCCGGGCACACCUGGACGAUCCUCUGGAGCAUGGAGCCGUCUAUCAUCUGGAGCUCCGCCUCCUUGGAGGGAAAGGAGGGUUCGGUUCGAUGCUGCGCGCGCUCGGCGCUCAGAUUGAAAAGACGACCAAUCGAGAGGCCUGCAGGGACCUCAGUGGGCGGAGACUCAGAGACGUCAACCACGAGAAAGAGAUGGCGGACUGGCUGAAGAAGCAAGCGGAGCGCGAGGCAGAGAAGGAGCAGCGGCGUCUGGAGCGCUUGCAGAGGAAGCUCAAUGAGCCCAAACACCAGUUCACCGACGCAGAGUACCAGCAGCAGUGCCACGACCUGUCCGAGCGACUCGAGGACUCCGUGCUCAGAGGUCUGCAGGCUUCCUCCAGCAGCCAGGUGAAGGUGGACGACGUGUGCGGCGCCAAGAGGCUGAACUGUGAUCAGAGUGAGCAGCCUGCGAAGAAGAAGACGAAGACCGCAGGAGGAGGGGGGGGGUGCUUCUGGUGAGUCUUUAAUGACAGGAAGAG